AUCAUCUUCAGAGGUAUGUUGAUGCAUUGUUUCCAGCUUGCGCGGGUGGUCCGGUGAGGAAGUGGUCGAGCAAGGUCGCCGUUGCGUGGGACGGGGUGCAAUUCGCCACCCUUUCAGACUCGACCACGGCUUGCCAGAACAUCUUCUACCGCGGUCGUCGAAUGGCGAGUACCGAAUAUUGCUGACCAAAUGUGUUUCCUGUAGGCGCAAAAAACAUCGAAACCACUGUCGUCAACAACGAUCGUGUGUGAAAAGGAAGAGAAUAUUGUGCACCGGGAGUUGGCUUGUACAUCAGAGGAGAGAACAAAAGUGAUCGUCCGAGCUCGAAACCGCACCUGCCCUGGGCAACACCGGCCGUGACAUCAUCAACAUCAUCCGUCAUCGCCAGAAGGAACAGCCAUCCCGCCUCUUGCCCAUCAGACACCCGACACAAUGGCCGCUGUCGCUUCGAGGUCCAACAACAACUCUCCGCACCUGACCAACAAGAGUCAGACUGGCUCGCCGGCGUCGAAACGCAAUUCGUUAGCCGCGCCCGUGCUCACCGUCAAGUCGCCUGAAGACACCGACGUCAAAGCAACUCUUCCUGCUAAUGCGCCUCUUGCGCCGCCACCGAGACCAAAUCAAAACGGCAACGGCGAGAGCGAACUAUUCGGCGAGCAAAGCACCACUCACUUGUCCAAGGAACCCAAUCCUUUCGAGAACGCCUUCGGCAAUCCCGUCGAGACACCUGGAAAGACACAGCUCCCCGGCGUGACCAGUCUCACAUCGCCGGCAUCCCUCCUUCCCGGGAUCACGCCUGGCUGGCCGGGCUCCCUUCGUUCUGGUCCACUCAGUCCUGCUAUGCUUACCGGCCCGACAGGGUCUAACGACUACUUCAACAGUGACCACCACUUUGCCGGUAGUUUCCCGACACCCAACGAGUCGUCUCUUCGAACUGGUCUGACGCCUGGUGGUGGCGGGUCCAUGUUCCCGCAGCCAUCACCAAACUCUCAGGCCUUGUACAACCAACUCCAGAACGGUGGCGCAACACCGGGUACUCUCGACUUCCACCGCACGGCUAUGAACGCUCGUGCUCAGAACCAGAACCCCAACAUUCAACCCGAUCUUGACAGCAAAUCGUACAACAACAACAACAACACAUCGCAACCGCAACACGACAACCAAGAUCCCUUUGGAUCUCAUCAGACCAACGACGCAGCCAACGGGCUGUUCAUGCUUGCGCAAGCCGGAGGACAGCAACGCAGCAACUCCAACUACCCCAUCCAACAGCAGCAACAGCAGGGAUACCAGCAACAGCAACAAGCACACGACACAAGAGGCAAGGGGAGCAUUGGAACCAUGUCGGGCGGUAGCACUGACGGCGGAGAGGGCCAAUACUCGGAUGAUGGAGAUCAGAAACCGCAGACGAGAAAUGGUCGCGGCGGCAAGAAGGGAUCGACCGGCAAGGCUGCUAAUGGCAAGCGAAAAACCGAGGAGGCUCCUGCGAAGGGUCCGGCAAGCAAGAAGCAACGCGCGAGUAUGGCCAUGUCCGAAGAGCCAGAGGAUGAAGACGAUGGAAUGAACGACACGCAUGAGGAUGGUCGCAAGAUGACCGAUGAGGAGAAGCGCAAGAACUUCCUUGAGCGGAAUCGCGUUGCCGCUCUGAAGUGUCGCCAACGCAAAAAGCAAUGGCUCGCGAACCUGCAACAGAAGGUCGAGAUCUUCAGUACAGAGAACGAUGCGCUUGCCGCGACGGUCACCCAACUCCGCGAGGAGAUUGUCGGCUUGAAGACAUUACUCAUGGCGCACAAGGAUUGUCCCGUUUCCCAGGCACAAGGCAUUUCCGGCUUGGCGAUGCAGCAGAUCGCCGGCGAUGCGCAGCAACAUUACGCGAAUCCGUACGGUAUGAUGGGCCAGGGCAUGCAGCAGCAAGGAAUGCAACAGUCGAUGCAGAGGAGAUAGGCACCCUCUGCAGGCCAGUUUUUCGCGUCCCCGAGUUCUGAAGUCAUCAACCACCCGGCCACGACACCAUCGAGAGGCAGACUCGACAGCGGACUCACUGAAUUGGAGAGCGCAAGGCAACUCCUCGCCAUGUCCAGUUCGCCCGCCACUGGGCUUCCUGCUGUCGAUC